UUUUAAUAAUUUAAAUAAAAUAAACUACAUAAAUCAAAAAAAUGUUGCGUAAAUCUCAAUGUGAAACAACCUCAUGUCACAUUUUCGUGGGACCACAAAAUUCUAGAGUAGAUAAAAAAUUACGAUUUAAUGAAGAAAACAUUCAGCAAACGCAUCAUCCAAUUCAAAAAGAUUACGGAUUCAUGGCCAUACCCGAAGCAAAAACACCAUUUCCCAGACAUGCUGAUCCGGUAGCGGCGGAAGAUUUACGCAAACGUUUACAAGAAUCACUAGAUCGAGCCAAUUGUAUGAUGCGCAAUGAAAAUGCUGACGAUAACAGCUUAUUUAACAUGGACGGAAUGAAAACACCUGUGCCCAGUUUAGAUUUCGAUGAUGAAGAACGUAGACGGUCCGAAUUCUAUAAUAAACGCAAACAAUUUUAUCAAUCCGAAUACAUUAUAGCCCAACAAAAGUCAUUGAGCACAGAAAUACCAGAACCGGGACCAGCUGUAGGUGAAAAUUGGCGUUCGGUAAAUGAUGGAAACUCAUCUGUACCGUCUAAUUUGUCUUCAUUUAUUAGUCAAAAUCGUGGGUCUAAUUUUGAAACACUUUCAAGCAGUGUUUCAAAAUUAGACCCACGAUUUGCUGAUCAAAUGUCUCGUUCAAGUGAACAAUUUAUUUAA